AAUUGAUGCCGCUUGUCGCGCCCUUGUCAGUGGGAUUAUUUGCUAUUUCGGAUGAUGCCAAGGAUACGGACGAGAAAGUAAAAGAGAUACUAGCACAUUCUAGUGGUAUACUUAGUUUUCCUUGGAAGAUCUACUAAGCGGUAUUGAAGAUGGUGUCGUGUUGCGCGAAGCCGCCACCGAGUCCGGUCGCCAAGCCGGACAUUAUGAGCCCCGGAGCGGAAUUAACAAAUUGGAACGCGAACCUUUUUUUCCGCGACGGGAGAUGAUUCCUGGUUCUACAGCAUGCAUGAUCUUCUCCAGAAAUCAACUGUCGUUCGUGGCAAGAACAUGUGAUGUCACAGCAAGCAAAAUUUUGCCCGUGGAAGAUCAGGUUUCAAGUUGCAAUUUGAUAAGGGACAAAGCCACUAGAACUCGGAGAAGUGGUGGUCGAGACCAAAAAGCCCACGCUAGUCGAGGAAAAGGUGGCGGAGAAACCGGCAAAGGUAGAGGAUGCUCCGGCGGUCGCACCAACUGCAGAAGGUACAACCUACGGUGUCGUGUAAAGUGUGCCUUCUACAUGUUAAAAGGUGAACGCCGUAAGAUUAAGAAGUAGAAGUUGCAACGGUACUAUAACAGCACGCCAUACAACAACAUCAUACUACAAUGAAUGAUAGAGAAACGACGGGACCAAGAAACAAAAUCAUCUCACCGUACACCUUUCUUUACCUUUGCGAUUUUACACAACAGAGCCCGCAGCACCGGAGCCAGAAAGCAGCGCGCCAGCAGUGGACGAGCCAGAACACGAGGAAACCGCAAAAGUUGGAGAGGAAAACUACUUCUCAUCAUCUUUUAUGGUAUCAUGUUGAAGCAUGGUUGUGAUCAAGAACCUGCUGCUGCAGUUUGAUCUUCUACUUGUUUACCAGAUCUUCGAUUCUUAAGAUGGUAUUUUCUAGGAAAAGCUCCCACCUGCUGCAUCUCCAUUCUUGUCUACUAGUACUUCUUGCUCUUCUACAAGCGAAUUGCAAUUGUGUGUACAAAUUUCAAUCUGCCAUCAAAAUCCACACCCAACAACCAGACAUUCGACGAGAAGAAGGCUGUUUUUGAACCAGAAAACGUGGGUGAAGCGGAGGCCGACGAAGGCAAUGGCGUGCCGUGCAACUUCCAAAUCGAUGGUCUCACAAGCAACAUCGCCGCACUGCACAUAGCACAGAAGGUAGGAAAAAGAAAAAGAGAAACCUGCUUCCUGAUUACUGCAAUUUGCGUGUGCUAACUCUAGAGUGUCAUUCUUCUGCGGCCGGGUACUCGCCACUUGAUGACCAGUAUAACAAAUAUGUAUCAAAAAUCCUCGAACCAAGAGCAAGAGCAUCAACAUCAAAAAUUCCAGAGUUUCUACGCAAGCAUGGCGCCAGCACCCCCUGGCAUGAGCAUUUUGCGACCCCCGGCGCCCCUGCAGACACCAAACUUGACAACGGAAUGGUCGUGGGGCCAGCAAAGCACGCCGACAACAAGUAGUAAACAUCGAUUUCAUGCUGCUUCCGACGCUCUUGCAUGCAUGCAACUCUCAUUCUGCUCGGUUUGCAAUGGUACAAAGAAAACAAUGAAAAUUGGCCUAGCAGUCGUCCAGGAGAUUCAACAGCCUUUUCAACCUGAAAAAA